CUCUACCAAAGCAACCCGUGGCAGACACGUCAGUUUGCUAACCCGCCUUGUUUACUUGCAAUUAUAGGUUACAAUAAUGGGUUAUGGACUUUGGCACGAUAAUAUCAAGGUCAUGAUUAUAGCUUUGUUAUCAACUUUUGGUAUUUCAACAUAGACACAACAUUUUGUAUGCAUACAUAGGUAUAAUACGAAGUAAAAGUUAAAAAAUGUGGACUGUUUUAAAAUUACUGUGUUUUCUCAUCGGCUUUUUCUCUGUUUCUGGGUUUCUUUCCGAUGACCCGUGUGACGUUUUUCCUUCUAAUAACCUCAUGGGAAUUCCAGAUUCUGACGCAUUCACAACAACUGUGAAAGUUCCAGCAAACUGCACAAAUGGAACAUUCCGAUGGGACUAUCCAAGGGGACACACGAUGCUUGAAUUUGAAAAUGAGCACAGGACUGAAAUAACAAUCUGUAUAAAGGACAGUGUAGGAGGAGACAUUUUUAAUAUCACAGAUAAAGCGACCAAUCAAUGUCUUGGGAAAUUCGAUUAUGAAAAAUGGGCAUGUUUCCAAGCAAGCACUGCUCAAGACAUCGUCCUUCAAGUGGACGCUCCGCUAGAGCCUCGAUACAUGGGACAAAUUGAAUACAAGAUCAUCAGUUCUAGUUUUCUGGAUGAAAUCUGUACUUUAUUAAAAAAAAUAGUACAAUUGUUUUGGUGGAACUAACACGUUUAUUGACCUAGUCAAUCAGGAAGUUGUUGUUUAUAAACAGAAGGAGUAAACAGUAAACUCUGACAAAUCCGAGAACCAUGACAACCGUGUUUUAGUGGAGUGUUAUCUGAGAAAUACAAUUUGAACCGCGCCAUGAGAAAACCAACAUAGUGGCUUUGCGACCAGCAUGGAUCCAGACCAGCCUGCACAUCCGCGCAGUCUGGUCAGGAUCCAUGCUGUCCGCUAAUAGUUUCUCUAAUUGCAAUAGGCUUUGAAAGCGAACAGAAUGGAUCCUGACCAGAUUGCGCGGAUGCGCAGGCUGGUCUGCAUCCAUGCUGGUCGCACACCCACUAUGUUGGUUUUCACAUGGCGCGGCUCAGUUUAGUCUGUAAGUCUUCAACUCAGCAACAAAAAAUCAUUUCAAAUACAUCAAAUCCAGUAAAAAUUUGUUGAGCUGCUGUGAAAAAUCCUGCCUUGAUGGACUUUUAUUGAAAGCAAUUUGAUACUGAAACAGCACGUUCCUAAUUUUAAUCAAAGGUAUUAGUAGCAGACAUGUUUUUUAAAUGGUGUACAGUUUUCGUAUUUUGUUAUAAAAGAACACAGUAAAUCUACAAAACUCUGCUGUAGAAAUUGGCAUCAAUGAAGUGAACAAAUAAUACUAUUUGUAUAUAAUAUAAGUUCUGGAUACUUCUA